AUGGUGAGAAUCUUCGUGAAGGGUGGCGUGUGGAAGAACAGCGAGGAUGAGGUGUUGAAGGCCGCUGUCAUGAAGUAUGGAAUCAACAACUGGUCUCGAGUCGCGUCGCUGCUGGUUCGGAAAUCGGCGAAGCAAUGCAAGGCAAGAUGGUACGAGUGGUUGGAUCCGAGCGUGAAGAAGACCGAAUGGACGCGCGACGAAGAGGAGAAACUGCUUCACCUUGCGAAACUCUUCCCGACGCAGUGGAGAACCAUCGCACCAAUCGUCGGCCGAACUGCGCAUCAGUGUCUUGAACACUACGAAAAACUGCUCGACCAGGCUCAAGGAAACGAUGAGGAGGACGACGGGAAGCCCAAGAAAUCGCUGGUGCCUGCAGCUGCGCGGCAAGCAAAAGGCUCCGCGGGGCGGGGACGAUUCGACGACCCGCGACGUCUGAGGCCGGGAGAAAUCGAUCCUCAUCCAGAGACGAAGCCUUCUCGAGCAGAUGCAAUCGAUAUGCAAGAUGACGAAAAGGAGAUGCUGCAGGAGGCCCGCGCGCGCCUGGCUAACACGCGAGGAAAGAAGGCGAAGAGGAAAGCACGCGAGAAGCAAUUGGAGGAAGCGCGGCGGUUGGCCUCUCUCCAAAAGAGGCGGGAGAUGAAGGCUGCAGGUUUAAUCACCUCGCUGCGCUCCCACAAGAGGAGGAGAGAGAUGGACUACGGCGUGGACAUUCCCUUUGAGGAGAAGCCGCCUCCCGGCUUUCACGCGGUCGGCGCGGAGGAGACGCCGGAAGGAAAUCUCAACUUCGCUAACAUUAGCCUCCAGCAACUCGAGGGUACGAUGCGGGCGCAGGAAGAGAUGAAGCUGCGACGCGAAGAUGCGCGCAAAUUGAAGCGCCUGCAAGAAGAGAACCUACCGGCGUAUUUGCAGCAGCUGGAGGAGAAAAACAAACUCGACAUGAUGAAAAAGAAACAAAAACUGCAUCUCCCGGCGCCCGCGUUGCAAGCGCAUGAACUGGAGGAAAUCGUUCGCUUGGGAGCUGAAGCCUCCGCACUCUCAGGCGCAGCCGGCGAGGUGCCGACGAACCGCCUCUUGGCGUCGAACAGCGUUGCGCUAGGAACUCCGAUGACCGGGGCGACGUCUUCAGCAGCUCGGACGCCUCGGCGGGAGGAUGUGAUUCUCAUGGAGGCGGCGAACGCCGUUAUGACGAUCAAUCAAUCGACACCUCUCGAGGGCGGGGAGAACUUGCAGCUUCACGAAACCGGCCUGAGUGGGAAGAUUUCCUUCAGCGGCGCCCCCGGCACGGCGAGUGUGGCGGGGCAGAAGACGCCGAACCUCCUCGCUGAGGCGUACAAACACAGGAGGGCGGCUGACGCCGCUUCUUCUUUGGCCACGCCACGAACUCUUGGUGGACGCAGCGAGCUCGGCAUGACGGCUGGUGACGCCGAUGAGUCAGAAGCAGAAAGCGGCGGCAUGGGGGCAAAAGCACGGUUGUCGCUCGCGCAGUUCCACGUGCGAUCGUCUCUGUCCUCGUUGCCUGAACCGCAAAACGAAAUUGAACACGCCUUGCCGACUGAAGAGGACCUCGCGACCGAAGACGGCGGGAUGGCCUACGACCAAGAAGAAGACAUGGAAGAUGUUUUGGAGCGCCAGCGAGCGGCGGCGGAGGCUGCGCGAGAGGCGGAGUGGCGUCGGCAGUCGCAGGCGGUACAAUGGCACUUGCCGCGUCCUCUCCUCCUUCCCGACGCGUCGUUUUCGCGAGGCAGCGCCGGCGGCUUGCCGCUGUCUUUUGACGACGAGAAGCACGUCCAGGCGAUCAUUAUGCAGAGGGAAGCCGAGGAAGACGGCGCGCUCGCCAAAAAGGGAGACGCGCAGCGCACGGAGAGAAAGAAAGCCAAGGCAGCGGAGGUCGCACGUGGACUUAAGGAGGCGGAAAAGUUGAUCAACGAAGAAGUCAUGACGCUUCUCGCCAACGACGCCCUCAAGCAUCCCGUCAAGGGCGGCAAGGCGCCGUCGUCCGUUCCGGAGCUCGAGAAACUGGAUGAUGCACUGCUCCAUGAGGCGCGGGAGAUGCUGCGGUGCGAGGUGAAGCUGAUGCAGCUCCAGAGCGAAGUCGGAACAGACGGGCGUCUCGACCGCGACCGAGUGACGAGGGUUUUCGAGGACGCCCAGGACGCAUUCAUCUUCUCGCCAACCGCCAAGAAAUUCGUUCUGUACCAAUCGCUUUCGGGAGGUGAACGCGUAGAGGCUCUGAAACGCCACUUCGACGACCUGAAGAAGCUGGUCGAGGCCACGGCGAACCGUGCAAAGAAGGCGGAGAAAAAAUACGCUGUUCUCACGAAGGGCUACGAGACGAAGGCGGCGAAUCUGAUUGAACGACUGGAGGAGACGUACAAAGAUUUUGAGCUGCAGGCAGCCACGCUGGCUUCCUUUCAGGCUCUGCGAGACCGCGAGCUUCCUGCGAUCGAGAAGAGGAAACAAGACCAGCAGGCACUGGUGUUAAAGGAAAGAGAGAAGCACCUGUGGAUGCAGAGACGCUAUGCAGCGCUGCAGCGGCAGAAGGAAGAACUCCAGGCUCGCCUCGCUGCGUCUGCUCUCAGCUCCGCUUCAAGUCUUCCUGUUUCGGAGGCAACGCCAAAUGGAGCGAGCGAGGAGCGGAAGAAGGAAGCUCAGGCAUCGGCAGACGAAAGAAUGAACCACGGGGCCCAAGAGCAGGCGGCGAGUGCUUAG